AACGUGCUUGCCGACUCAUUUUGCCGCGUUUGAUUACAUACGCGUCUUAAUUAAAAUAUCAACGCAAAAGCUUUGGCUCACUGAUGAGAAUACACUCUUCCAUGAAAUAAUUAGUGGAUUCGGUUGUUCGCAUUCUUUCGUUGUUGAAAAUCACACGAAAUGACGUUAAUCUGAACACUUGGAUUUAUCACGCGUAAUUAUUAUCGAGCACGUCUUUGAUAUAAAAGUGCUUGAACGUGCGGUCACGAGAGUCAUAAAACUUUGGUGAACAGCGAACAAGUGUGUAUGCUGACCAGCAAGUCAGAACGAAACCUGAUCAGUCUGCUUACGAAUCAAUUAACAUAAACUGAGUAUGAAGAAUUAUACUCCGCUUUUAUCCAUUUUGCAAAUCAUAACUAUCAGUGUUAGUCAACCAGUACAGAGUCCAUAUGAUUCUGAUGACAGCAGUAUAGGCAAUGUUCACAACCAGGAAUAUGAGAAAGUCUCUGUCCCAUCAACUUGUAAUAGUAACCAAUACUUUGAUGAAGAACAAGAGCAUUGCUUAAAUAUAGCUGGAGGUGGUACAUUACUUUAUAUAGAUAAGGCAAAAUCAUGUGGUGUAAAUGUGUUGAAGCCCCACUGCAGCAAUCCCAAACAUUAUUAUAUUUGCAAAAAUAAUAAAGCAAUAUUGGCUCAAUGUGGAGAAGAUCAGCAAUUUAGCUAUGAUUUACAAAAAUGUAUCUCCAAUCACCAGGAGCAAGCCACUAAAGGAAUUUAUUCAGAAAGAAAAAUAUUUGAUUCUAUGAAACUGCCUACAUGCGAAAAAUCUGGAUCAUUUCUGGUACCGGAAGAUUGUGCUUUAUUUUACACUUGCGAAAUUAAGGAUGGUCGUUUGAUCCAAUUCAUUUUCAAAUGUCCAAAUACUAUGAUCUACGAUGCAGAAAUGCAAAUAUGUAGCUUUUAUGCCAAAUGCAAUAACACAAAUUUAAACAGCUCUUCAGUGCCAUGUGAAUCUGACACAGAGAAAGGAAGAAUUCUAUCACGAAAAGAAAAUGACUCCAGAAAUAUUAACAUAUUAAAUGAAACUUCAACCACUGGUUACAGUUCAAACCCUCCGCAAUUUACAAAAGAAGAUACAACUGUAGCAACAAAUAAUUAUGAGAGUAUUGCUACUGAUGAAUCCAACAGUUUUGAUACCUUAAAUUCAACAGAAAAUAUUUUGGAUACAACAUAUUCUUUAAGUACUAUUGAUCCUAUUGCUUCUACAACUUCAGAAGAAUUAAAUUUGUCUUUUCAAACGGAAACUACUUAUCCAUCGUUUCAAACUUCUACUUCAGAAACAACUACUGAAGAUUUCAUAACAAGUACUUUAUACUCUACAAGUAGUAUAGAUGAAUCUGAAGCAUUUACUUCAUCUACAGAAACAACAAGUGCAGCACCAUUGCAAACUUCUACUGAAAUAGAGUUAAACUUAAAUAACCAAACUGAUGCAGUGAUAACAAGUACUAUGAAUCCUACAAGUUAUUCGCAAACUAUUGAUCCGUUUGCGACUUCGAACGAUAUGAGUAUGACUACAGAAAUUAAUAUAAAUGAAUCAUUAAUAAAUUCUAGUACUAAACCAGAAACGUCAGAUCAAAUAAAAAAAUUUACUGAACAUUCAACUACCGAAUUCAGUUCGACUGACUUUACUUCCACAAUUUCGUCUAUUAAGUUAUCUGUGUCUCCUCAGUAUAACGGAGAAACUACAACUUCCAACUUUUUUGCAUUAGAUGAUUUGUUUGUUCAUAAAUUACCUACUACAACCACUGACCCAAGUAUUUCUAUCAGCACACAUAAAGAUUUACUACAAACUGAUAGCAUACUAACAAAAAGUAUCGAAAGUAAUAAAUCAAAAGAAAAUUCUACGUCUUCUGCGUUAUUAGAUGCAACAAUACCUGAUACCACGAUCGUUGAUAAAAGUGCAUUCUCAUCUAGUACUGAUGCAGCGAAUUAUUUUACUACAGUGACUCCAAAAAAUGUGACCUACGAUGAUGAGCUAAUUGAUACUCCUAGCGAUAUGAAGGAGAUCUUGCAAAAUUUCACAUCAACCUUAAGUGCCGUGUCGUCAUUGGAAUCAAUUUUAGCAACACUAAAUAAUAACAGUACACUAAACAAUAUAAACAAACAACCAUGUGAAGAAAUAUUACGGUCUUUACUUGCAGAUAUAAAAAAGCGUGAAUCAUUUUUAAAAACUGAAACUGAUGCAGAGAAACAAAAUGUAACUGUAUCCCAAAACGUAAAUUCUAGAAGAAGAAUAUUAUCACAUAUUGCAUUACCUCUAGCGUCAGCUGUAUUAAAUAUCACGGACAGAUUCGAGCAUCGUAUAAGAAAUAUUCUGAGGGGAAUUUCUACAGCUCGUACAUAAAUCCAAAAUAGAUAUUUAUUUAUAUAAAUUUAAGUUUGAGUAUUAAGUUAAAAUAUUUGUCAAAGUUAUAUAUACAUAAAACGAUCAUAGAUGUAAGGAUAAAAAUUAAUGUUAUAUUUAUUUAAAAAUAUAAUAAAUAUAUGUCUAUUUAUUAGUUCAGUAGUCCAGUAUUAAUUCCCAAAUUUUUGUUUAGAUAUAAAUAUUCUGUUGCUAUACAAUGAAAGUUAUCUGAUUUAAAUACUGAUAAUACCGGUCAUUGUACUAUAGGUCAAAAUUAUACUAGAGUCAUGUACUUUCUCUAUCCUGUUCAUUUACUAAAUUGUAGUAUAUACCCGCCUUCUUUAAUAAUUCUGCAUGAGUACCCAUCUGUAAG